AUGUCUGUCCCAGCCUUCACCGAUAUCUCCAAGCCCUCAAACGACUUGCUCAACAAGGACUUCUACCACUUGUCUGCAGCAGCUCUUGAGGUCAAGAGCAACACCCCCAACAAUGUUGCAUUCAAGGUCACCGGCAAGAACACACACGAGGGUGCCACCAGCGGAUUGCUUGAAGCCAAAUACGCCGACAAGGCCAGUGGUAAAUACUCCCGCCUGAAAAACUUAAACAUCCAGAUCAUGCCUCCUUUUGCUCCCUCGAAUCACGUCAAUUUCAUCAUCGGCCUCUCUCCUCUCACCGGUCAAGCGCAAUUGCUAAUGUUCUACCGCCGCUCACUAGGCUUAACGCUCACCCAAACCUGGAACACCCUCAACGCUCUCGAGACCAAGAUCGAGGCUAAGGACUCUAUCGCUAAGGGUGUCAAGGCUGAGUUCAUCGGUUCCUUCCUCCCAGCCUCCCAAGCAUACGGCGGCAAGGUCAACCUCCACUACGCGCAGGCCAACCUGCACACACGUGCCUUCUUCGAUCUGUUGAAGGGCCCAACCGCUAACGUCGACGCCGUCAUUGGCAAGGAUGGUCUUCUCGCUGGUGCGUCUGCCGGCUACGAUGUCCAGAAGGCUGCCAUCACCAACUACAGCGCCGCAAUCGGAUACAGUGCUCCUCAAUACACUGCCUCCAUCACGGCUAGCAACAACCUGAGCGUUUUCGCCGCCUCGUACUACCACAAGGUCAACUCGCAAGUCGAGGCUGGUGCUAAGGCUUCAUGGGACUCGAAGAGCGGGAACACGGUCGGGCUUGAGGUUGCUAGCAAGUACAGACUGGACCCUGUCUCUUUCGCCAAGGUCAAGAUCAACGACCGCGGUGUUGCAGCUCUCGCCUACAACGUCCUCCUCCGCCCAGGCGUCACCCUCGGCCUCGGCGCCUCCUUUGAUACCCAGAAGCUCGACCAAGCUACGCACAAGAUCGGCGCUUCUUUCACUUUCGACUCUUAG